AAAGCAUUCACAUUUCAUUCUCUCAAUUCUCUCCCUACACAAAAUAUGACUUCACUGUUUCUCGUGUAUCUCCUCUUUCUUUUACCUUUUUUAUGUCACUCUCUCCCCCUUUGUCGGAAUUCAUGCGGCAAUAUCGAAAUAGACUAUCCUUUCGCCGUCGAUGACGGCUGCGGUGCUCCUCUCUACCGGAAUAUGCUUAACUGCUCCACCACAUUUGCCACCAACACCACCAUCUCCACCACGGAUCUCUUUUUCGAGACCCCUUCCGGCAGCUACAAAGUAGAGUCCAUCGAUUACGCCUCCAAAUCUCUCACCAUCUACGACCCUUCCAUGUCCACCUGCACCAUCCUUCAACCCCACCACGACUUUGUCUUGUCCGACGUCCAGUCCGCCCUCAUUCCUCCUUCUCCGGACACCGUCUUCGCUCUCAUGAACUGCUCCAUCGACUCUCCGGUUCUCAACCACUACAAAUCCCUUUGUUUCAACUUCUCCGACGACCACUCGUGUGAUGAGCUAUAUGGUUCCUGCACGUCGUUCAAGAUUUUUCAGAUGCUAUCCAACGACACUCCUCCGGCGUGUUGCUUUACGUCAUACAACACUGUGAAGUUUAUGAGUAUGAAUAUACUGGAUUGCACGCAUUAUACGACGUUCUAUGAUGCUGAUAAGUUGAAGGGGGAGAAGCCAUUGGAUUGGUCGUACGGGAUGAAGCUGUCGUAUGGUUUGCCGGAUACUGGGUGUGAUCGCUGCCGGAAAUCCGGUGGGACUUGUGGGUUUGACGUUGAAACUGAAGGAACGCUGUGCAUUUGCUCCGCCGCCGUUAACUCCACAAGAGAAUGUGGUGCAGGUACAGUUGAAGGAGGUAUAGGGGAGGCACACACAGGAUCAGUGCUUCCGUCUCUUUCCACCAUCCUUUUUGCUUUUUCUACUUUCUUCUUUUUGUAA